UCUGAUACAGCUAAUGUUUACACCACUGCAUUUACCCCUCAGAAAGAGCAUAGUCUUCCCUUGACGCUGGCCUCCCUGCAGCAAGUUGUUUUGUUUUGAUAAGAGAUUGAAGGUGGUGAGGUCACCAAUUUGACUCCUUAUCUUCACAGCCAUUUAAAGGCCUCUGCCUGCUCUUUAACAUGCUUUUAAACACGUCAUCGCUGCAGUGUAUUUUCUCAUUUUACUGUUUUAUUCUAUGAGGUGACUGAAGAGGCAGGUGGCCACCCACACUGAGUCACGGUUCUGUUCAAGGUUUCUACCCCCUAAAAGGAAGCUUUUCCUUGCCUGUGUAGCCAAGUGCUUGCUCAUGAUAUCUGUUUUGCUGAAGUCUGUCUUGAGGAUCAGAGAGCUGUUACAGCAGGAGGAUGCAGUCAGACUCAAAGCCAGACCCGGAAUCUGAGGCUCAGACUUCGGGCAGCACCCAGGUCGGAACUCUGGACAUGUCCGGGUUUGAGUUAACUGCCGGACGGCUGGAGCAGCUGAUGAAGAGCAUGGAGGUGCUUUUGUCAGACGUGGAGCAGCUGCGGAGCCACUGCAGCCACCAGGCCACUGAGCUGAUGCAGGCGGCGGUGGAGCUGAGGCAGCAACAAGAUGAGCUAAAGGAGAGUUACAUGGAUCUUUCCAAAGAAAUGCAGGAGAUUAUGGAUACAGUGGAUGACCUGUUCAGCACCAAGAGUGCCUUUGAAACCAAAGAGAAGCAAGCACAGAAACUAAACCGGCAGCUCUGAGGGACAGAAAGUAUCUGACAGACUUUGUUUCUCAUUGAGCAGAAAACCAAAACUUUUUUUUGGGGGGGGUGGCUUUGGUUUUGGAUAUGUGUUUAAUUUGGACGGGAUGGGUUUGGAAUUGGGAUGGCAUGCUGAGGUUUUCACAGCUUUGAAACAGUGCUUUAAUUAGAAUGGCAUUAUAUAAACUUUUUGUUGUGCAAAUUGUACUUUUUAGGUCCAUAUGUGACAACCACACUCACUGAAAAGGAGCAUGCGUGAUUCCAGUAAAUACAAUAUAAUGCAUUACAGCAACAUCACACAUUACAGCCUCAAAAAUAACUGCAAAUUUGAAUCAACAACUCUCUGUCAUAGUUUUAAUAAAGCUUGAACAUCGUGAACUUAACAAGGGUACAGUUUGUUGCAUUGCUUUCAUACUGUCUUUGACACAGGCACUGCGUGUCAACAAAUGAUUUAUGAUCACUUUUGCUGUCAUCAAAUUUCUCCCCGGCCCACCCACUAACAAACACACACACACACACACACACACACACACACACACACACACACACACACACACACACAUAAUAGCUAUUAUUUCCAUCACCAAGGUAUUCUGUGUUAGCAUUUAAGAUUAAAGUAUAUGUUACUCUUGUCAGCCUGGCUGUCUCCACCAGCUUCAUCUUUCUGGCAGAGGAAUGUUGCUCAUCAUUGAUGACUGUUGGUACAUCUUCCAUAUUCUCUCCCGUCCAGGCCAUACUCCAUUGUGGUUUCUCACUAAAAUAAACCUAAAUAGAACCUUAGGGCGAUGUUUACCUCCCACCAGCUCCUCUUCUGUGACUUAGUGGUCUGUAUUUAGUGGUUAUGGGAUGUGUGAAAGGGACAUUCAGUGGCCUGCAACCUUAAAAAAAACACAUAAUCUCUUUCACCUUCAGUGUAAUUUUAGUGGGUUUCUUAUGUAUUAAGGCUUAAUGGAUUGUAUUGCUUUAACAUUUUAACAUGUUAUGUAUCUAACCAUUAAAUUAUGUGUUCCAAAAUAUUCUCUUUGUCUUCUUCUGUAUUGGAACAAUGAUUGUACUCGAUUGUUGCACAAAAGCACAUUUUUGUUUUUGAUCAUUUCUUUCACUGAAACACAUGGCUGCUAAUGAAAAGGCUUGUUAUAAAACUACAACGUAAGUAGUCUCAUAGUCUGAGGGUCCUAACUGCAAACAUCCUUUUCUAAAUAGAAAAAAAUCACAGCUUAUUUUCAACAUCAAGAAAAGAAGUCAAAAUGUUUUUUUCUGUGCAGUUGAAACCUGACACUUUAUGGGUUGUGGUGUUGGUGAGCAGAGAGGGUGAGAAGAUAGAAAGCUGGGUGUCAGUGCCUACCUUCUCUACUGAGGUGCACAUCCCUCUGGACUGCUGGUCGACCAGCUGGGAAGUCUCUUCAAGAAGUGCUUCUGCAGUAGCUUCUGGUGAACAUGAAUAUCCUGCAAGUCCUGGGUCUCCUACAGCUGUUGACUGUGACUGCUUUCACUCUGACACAGCCGACCCAUGACUACUGGGGAGAGUUUGGAGCCUAUGGGCCCUGCAGUCGCACCUGUGGCACAGGAGUGGCAAUGAGAACCAGGAAAUGUAUCACGUCAAGGACAGAUGGAGGACAUAACUGCAUAGGAUCUUCUAAAUCCUACCGAACCUGUAAUACACAUGAAUGUCCAGUUGGAUCUAGGGACUUCAGGGAGGUCCAGUGCUCCCAAUUUGACAGAACGGACUUUCAGAGCAAACAGCACACAUGGGUUCCUUAUUAUGGAGCAUCCAAUCCAUGUGAGCUGAACUGUGUCCCGAGAGGACAGAACUUCUUCUACCGACACAGACCCGCAGUGGUGGAUGGGACACCAUGUUAUGUGGGCCGCACUGAUAUCUGUGUGGACGGCGUCUGCAGGAUACUGAUCUACGGAGAGUUUAUGGGCUUGGAUGGGGACACUAAUUCUGUACACUCUGCUGCUCCUGUUGCUGUUGCACCUCACCCAACGGAGACACUCACGUACAUCUACAAAACCGGUGUUUAUGGCGAGUGCUCUGCCACCUGCGAUGGAGGCAUGCAGUAUCGCAGCGUGGCAUGUUGGGCUCAGGAUCCAGCCAACCCCCAUGUGGUGGACGAGUCUUAUUGCAUUACCCAGCGCCUGCAGAGGCCACAGAGCCAGCAGGCCUGCAAUAUGCAUCCCUGUGCUGCUGAGUACAGUGUCUCCAGCUUCAGUGUGUGCUCUGUGACUUGUGGGGAAGGCCAGCAGACAAGGGAGGUGAUCUGUGUGGGGCUUGGAGGUAACCAUCUGGCUGACCACGCCUGUAGUGGACUGACAAAACCUCCUUCUGUCCAGACCUGCCGCAGACCUGCCUGUCACACACAUGUCACAUGGCAUGUUACUGAGUAUGGACUGUGUACUAGAAGCUGCGAUGGUGGUGUGAGGGAGAGGAGAGUGGGCUGUUUUGAUACAGAUUUGAACCCCUACCCAGAGGCCCGAUGUGGAACAGCUAGCAGACCCGUCUCUGUAGAGGCAUGCAACUCACAGCCAUGCCCCGGAGCACAAAUGGUCCCAAGUGCUCAGGACCCAAGGGCACAUACCGUGAGAGGAUUUGUGCCCCAUGUUUCAGAAGACACCUCAGCUUCCAGGCCAUAUUCAGACAUUAGGUAUGAUCCCUACCCUGCUGUGACUGGUCCUCAAUGUGCUCAGUCAUUCUAUGGCUGCUGUCCUGAUGGCCAUACCUCUGCCACAGGGCACAGGAAUGAAGGCUGCUCCCAAGAUGACUGUGUCCGCACCAGAUACGGCUGCUGUUUGGAUGGGGUGACUCCAGCUCAAGGAUUUGGAAGGGUUGGAUGUCCUGAGUACCAGGCAACUGUGCACACAGCACCUCCUGCCCCUCCAUCCACUGGUAAUGUGUGCUCCCUGCCUCGUGAUGAGGGCCCCUGUGAUACUUGGAAGGUCCGUUUCUACUAUGACUCAGGCACUGGCAAAUGUACCGGGUUCUGGUAUGGAAGCUGCCAGGGCAAUGCCAAUAACUUUGUGUCCAUGGAAGCAUGCCAGAGAGAGUGCGGGGCUGUGGUGAGGGAGCCCCCACCUGCUCCUCGCAGAGUUACCCCAAGGAGAGAAUUACCCAGAGGUCUUCUGAGGGCAAGGGCGUAACAGUGCUCACCAGCAACACCUCCAAAUCAUGGGCUAACCGGAGUGUUGUCUCUGUGAAGCUAAUCGUGAUAUUUGUGCAAACAUAGUAUUUACAUAUAUGAAGACAUACACAAACAUGUAUUGUAAAACUCAACACAUCCCGGCUUUCUUUUAAACACAAGACUUUAGACAAGACAUUAAAAUUGAUCUAGAUAGCCUCACAUUAUAACUGACAUAAUCCCAGCUCAUGGUUCUGAUUUUAUUAUCCAUUUGAUCUUUGGCUUUUUGUUUGUGAUGCUCAGUAUAUUCAUUUGUGUAUUUUUCCCUUAUAGAUCAGGAAUAAAUUGAAGUAAUGUCAAUGUGAUUACCCAAGUUAAAUCAUAAACCUAAUCAAUAAAUGUUCAGCUAUCUGGUAACCUUGAACAAAAA